CAUAAGGGGGAAGGGAAAAAAAAUCAAAGGAGAGACAAAGGGGAAAUGGCCGCUGCUGCUGUUGAGAUCAACUCCGGUGAAGAGAUCCUAAAGGAGAGAGUCAGGCAAAACCUCAAGCAUCUCGAGGAAAUUGGAAUUUCAAGGGAUAUCGUCGAGUUUGCAAGGAGAGAAUACAAACUAUGGGCUGAUGAUCCAAAACAAAGAUAUUACCGCACGAGCUCUACGAAUGCGAAUGCUGCAAGAGAAUAUACAGGAAGAAUUGCUUCUGAAGAUCAAAAGAUUGCUGCAUUAAAGAGAGCAGAGGAAUUUCAGAGAGAUUUAACGUCCCACUAUCCUUCAUUCAUUAAGCCUAUGGUUCGAUCACAUGUAUCUGGUGGUUUUUGGCUUGGACUUCCGACAAAGUUUUGCAAAGAAAACUUUUCUCCUAAUGAGCUGAGAGUGAUUCUAGAAGAUGAGAAGGGUAAGGAACAUGCUGUCCUAUACCUUGGGAGGAAGAAUGGUCUUAGUGGUGGAUGGAGAGGCUUUGCAAUAGAUCAUAAUUUAGAAGAUGGGGAUGUCUUAGUAUUUGAACUAAGCGAGCCGGCAAGAUUUAAGGUACACAUUAUGAAGGCGAUCGAGGGAGAAUCACCUGAAACCGAUAAAACUGCAGAUUGCGCCGCCGCAGUUUCCAAAACUAAAGCUUCGAGUGGAACGAAGAAGGCAAUUCAGGCAGUUUCAAAGAAACGAUCCCUCAAAACUGGCUCCGCGAAGGAAGCGCUAGAGGCAACAAAACGCGGACGUAGAUAGAAUAGUACCUCAGCGUGUUUGCUUAUGGUCUGGCCGUUUUUUUGCAUCUUUUUUGGGGUCUGAUCAGUUCUAGUACUGAAAAUUGGUAAUCAUCCAUGCAGCAGGAAGUGCUUAUAUAGUGAAAAGGACAUUGACAGGUAACACUAUUUCUGCUGGCACUUGCUAUUUAAUGAAUGAAACUGAUGAUUUUUGCGUAAUGUUAAAGAUUCUGUGUUUUGUACUA